UACUCUAAUGGUUCAACUCUGCCAGAACACAGAUCCUUACUGAUUAGCCCUGCAUAUUGGCCAGCUCAGGAUAAGAAGCCAGAGUAUCUGGACAAACAUUUCCAUAAUGGUGGCUUUAUAAUGAUUGUGAUUAAAGGUCUGGUGUACAUGAGGAUCAUAUUUCUGCUACAUUGGCUUGGGCUGUUUCUGUCCUUUUGUGGACACACCCAAGCUGAGCAUCCCCAAUAUCAUAGUCCUCCAGAAGUGGUGAUUCCUUUGAGGAUACCUGGUGCUGGCAGAGGCAUGAAGCCUUCAGGUUGGCUCUCUUACAGCCUGCAUUUUGGGGGCAAGAGACACAUUGUCCACAUAAAAGUCAAGAAGUAUUUGCUAUCCAGACACCUUCCAGUGUUCACCUAUUCAGACCAGGGUGCUCUCCUUGAGGACCAACCUUUUGUGCAAAAUGACUGCUACUAUCAUGGUUACGUGGAGGGGGACCCAGAGUCCCUGGUUGCCCUCAGUUACUGUUUUGAUGGUUUUCGAGGACUGUUACAGAUAAAUGACAUUGCUUAUGAAAUUAAGCCUGUGACUUUUUCUACUAAAUUUGAACAUCUGGUAUAUAAACUGGAGAGUGAGGAGACCCAAUUCCCAACCAUGAACUCUGAUUUUGUGCAAGAGAAAAUUGUACCCCAAUGGGAGUCUCAAGAGAUUAAUAAUUCUACUCAGAAACAAAGUUCUUACUCAGGCUGGUGGCUCCAUAUGUUUGUUAUAGAAAUAGCCGUGGUGGUGGACCAUAGUCUAUAUCUUCAUAUAAAAAAGAACAUUUCAAAGUUUAAUGAGGACCUAUAUGCUAUGGUAAAUAUAGUAGAUUCCAUUUAUGACGUCAUGGGUCUUAAACUGUUAUUGUUUGGUUUGGAGUUCUGGACUGAGAGAAACUACAUUGAAGUAAAUGAUAUAAGGAGAUCUCUGAGAUAUUUUUGCCUUUGGAAAAAGGAAAACCUUGAGUUCCGCCUACCACAUGACACUGUACAUCUUUUUAUAAAUCAGACAGUACGAGGAAUGAGUGGUUUAGGCUAUGUUCAAGGAUUGUGUAAAUCACACCUUAAUUGUGCAAUUGUUACUAGUGUAGAAAGAACCUUGGGCAUUGUUGCAAUUGCAAUGGCUCAUCAUAUUGGCCAUAAUUUGGGUAUGAUUCAUGAUACUGAGUUUUGCACAUGUGCACUGCCUAAAUGUAUAAUGCAUCCUUCAAACCCACCAAUAAUUAAAUUUAGCAAUUGUAGUUAUUCUUAUUUUUGGAAAUAUUCUAUACAGGAGGCAAAAUGUUUGUUCUACACUAUACACACAAAGGACCUGUUUGCACAGGCACGUUGUGGGAAUGGUGUUGUUGAAGAUGAAGAGGAGUGUGACUGUGGACCUUUACAGAAUUGUUCAAGAGAUGCCUGCUGUCUGUCAAACUGCACUUUGAGUUUUGGCUCCACAUGCGGUUUUGGGCUUUGUUGCAAGGACUGCCAAUUAUUACCAUCGGGAACAGUGUGUAGAAAGCAGGUCAAUGAAUGUGAUCUUCCGGAGUGGUGCGAUGGUAUAUCCCACAUGUGCCCAGAUGACGUCUAUGUGGAGGAUGGAAUUCCCUGUAAUGAAAGUGCCUAUUGCUAUGCAAAGAAAUGUAAUAACCGCAAUGAGCAGUGUAAGCAGAUUUUUGGCCAAGAGGCAAUGAGUGCAGAUCAGAGUUGCUACAAACACAUAAACACUCUCGGUGACCGUUUUGGGAACUGUGGUCUCAAAAAUGCUUCAUAUAUAAAAUGCAAUAUCUCAGACAGCCUGUGUGGCAGAGUUCAGUGUAAGAAUGUGAAAGAAAUUCCCACUCUGAAUGAACAUUCUACUGUGCAUCAGGUUCACUUCAAUGACGGCGUCUGCUGGGGUAUUGACUACCACCCUGGGAUACCCAUACUUGAUAUUGGUGAAGUGAUAGAUGGCACAGAGUGUGGCCCAGAACAUCUCUGCAUUGACAGGAGGUGUGUCCAUAUAUCUCGCUUGGAUAGUAGUUGUUCACCUCUGUUCUGUAACAUGAGGGGUAUUUGCAACAAUAAACAUCACUGCCACUGCAACCGUUUGUGGGACCCACCCAACUGCCUAAAACGGGGCAAUGGAGGUAGUGUUGAUAGUGGACCACCCCCGAAGAAAGAAAGGAUAAAGAAGUAUUACGUGUUGGUAGUCUCACUUCUUUGGUUGCUUCUCUUGUUAGGUUGUCUUAUUUGUCUUUGCAUGCAGAAAAAAACAAAGGAAAAGGAAGCUGAAGUUGCAAAACAAGCGCAAAAUGUUCCUUUAAAGGAAGCACCAAUGGUUCCUUCAAAACAAAUGCAAGAAGUUCCUUCACAACAGCAAAAGGUUGUGACUCAACCUGCAAAACCAGCACAAACAGUUUCCCCAAAAGCAGUGCAAAAGCUUCCUUCAAAACCAGAGAGUAAGGCUCCUUUGAGACAGGAGAGUAAGGUUCUUUCAAAAGCAGAGAGUAAGGCUCCUUCAAGACAGGAGAGUAAAGUUCUUUCAAAAGCAGAGAGUAAGGCUCCUUUGAGACAGGAGAGUAAAGUUCUUUCAAAGCCAGAGAGUAAGGCUCCUUUGAGACAGGAGAGUAACGUUCUUUCAAAAGCAGAGAGUAAGGUUUCUUUAAGACAAGGGAGUAAGGCUCCUUCAAGAAAAGAGAGUAAGGUUCCAACUCAGUCUGCAAAACAACCAAAAGCUCAACCCUCAAAGUCACAGCAGAAACUUCAGACCCAGCCUGCAACACCACUGCAAAGACUUCAGAGUCAAUCUAGCAUGCAGCCUCAACAGGACAAAGGUGGGAAACAAAGGCCGUCAGUAGUAAAAAAUGUACCCAAAUAAGUAUGGAAUAAAAAAGGUCAUUCCUGGAA